AGCGAGAUAUCGAUAUCGAUUAUUUGAGUACCGUACAUUUCAAAAUGGCGCUUGCCAGAUGCGCCCGAUGUCUUCGUUUCGACAGGUUUUCACCUGUAGUCAGGGUAUCCUCGGCAAGAUAUGCAUCUGGUGAUGUAAGCCUGCCGGGUCCUUACCCCGAGACGCCCGAGGAGAGGGCCGCGGCAGCCAAAAAGUAUGGCAUGAGAGUGGAGGACUACGAGCCCUACGCGGACGAUGGAUGGGGGUGGGGCGACUACCCCAAGCUCAAGAAACAGCAUGCCGAUGACAGGGACCCGCAUGGAGAUUGGGACUUCCCGGAGGACAGGAGAAACUGGGGCGAAGUGAUGCACAUAGAACAAGAUCUCUUUGUCAGGCAACGUCCAAAUGCAUACAAACAAAACAGGAAGAUCCCUCUAUGGAAACAAUCUAUGAUUCUAGGCGGUAUCCUCACAACGUUAGCAACCCUUGGUAUUCUUGGAAAUAAAUACAAAUAUUUUGUACCAGUGGGCCCUAAGCAAUACCCAUUCAACAACCUGUACGUCGAGAAGGGCGGAGAUCCAGACGCCGUACCGGACACACCCAAAAACUACACCUUCCCUACUUCCAGUUAUAUAUAAAAAUAGAUUGUGCCGUUUGUAAAUUGUGGCCAGUACACGAUAUGCCCUUGUUUCUAUGGUAUCCCACAAAUAGGGUUGUUCAAAGCUGGCAUGAACCGUUUAUAAAUCCAGAAUUACAGACUCAAAGAUUUCAUGGUCUGUGCUGUUCAUGUAGAAAAGGUGGAAGUCAGGCAAAGGUAGCACUUACACAAACACUGUAAAUAAUAUUUUAAUGACCAGGUCAAAUUGAUUAACGCGAGUUCAGAGUGAUGGUCAUUACCACCAAAAGGAAUGAGGAUUUCUCGAUCAAGUAUGGACAUAGAAAUACCUCUAAACCUUCAAUUUUUUAAUUUUUGUACUGCCCUGAUUGUGGGAAAGCAGUUAGAAAGGGGUUGAAAUGUUCUCCAGGUAUUAAACACAGCUGAAAGUGUUAUAUACCGGUACAUUUUACUUGCUGGGUCAUAUUCUGUGAGCAGUUAUCCCAUCGGUGUAAUUAUGGGUUUCAUUUCGAAAAUAUGAGACAUCAUUACCCUAUUCUCUCCAGGAAUGGUCCCAAUACAACCAGGGUCAAAGUUCAGCUUGUGCUAGAUAUUAUUGGGUAUAAGUAUUGGUAUUUCCAAAACUCUAUCAACGAUGAUUCAAAUAGUGCUCAAACAGACUAUAGAUUUAUAUGACAAGUGACAUUGAAAGGCAUUUUGUUUUGGAAUAUAUGUAGCCUGCAUGUGAUCAGAAUGUCCGGUGACUCUGUUGCCUUUUGAAGUAAUAUGAAAUUCCCUUGAGAAUUUCCUUUUUUGAUUCACAAUAUUGAAUCGAUUUUGAUUGUAAAUGAAGUAAAGUUAUUUUGAGAUGCUGAUCUAUUAAAAACUUUGAUGAAAGUUUA